UGGGUUCACGCCCAGGCUCUGUCGCAGCCGGCCGCAACCGGGAGGUCCGUGGGGCGACGCACAAUUGGCAUAGCGUCGUCCGGGUUAGGGAGGGUUUGGCCGGUAGGGAUAUCCUUGUCUCAGUAUGUAAAAUGUAAUAAAAUGUAUGCACUCUACUGUAAGUCGCUCUGGAUAAGAGCGUCUGCUAAAAUGACUAAAAUGUUUAAAAAAAUGUAAAAUAGAUGGAUUUUUAUGGGGAUUUUUGUAUUGUGCUAAUUAGAUGUCCGCGGGGUGUGGACAUUGACCUUAGAGGGCAAUCAGAUUUAUUGAAUUCUUCAUGUUGUCUAUAUUAAAGGGCACUUCAUUUACCAUAACAGGCUUUUAAAAUUCAAUAUUACUACACAAAGGGAAGUGUAACGGAUGUGAAAUGGCUAGCUAGUUAGCGGGUACGCGCUAGUAGCGUUUCAAUCAGUUACGUCACUUGCUCUGAAACCUAGAAGUAGUGUUGCUCCUUGCUCUGCAAGGGCCUUGGCCUUUGUGGAGCGAUGGGUAACGAUGCUUCGUGGGCGACCGUUGUUGAUGUGUGCAGAGGGUCCCUGGUCCGCGCCCGUGUCGGGGCGAGGGGACGACGUAAAGUUAUACUGUUACCUUGAUGCUGUUGACCCGGAUCACUGGUUACUGCGGAAAAGGAGGAGGUUGAAAGGGGGGUGAGUGUAACGGAUGUGAAAUGGCUAGCUAGUUAGCGGGUACGCGCUAGUAGCGUUUCAAUCAGUUACGUCACUUGCUCUGAAACCUAGAAGUAGUGUUGCUCCUUGCUCUGCAAGGGCCUUGGCCUUUGUGGAGCGAUGGGUAACGAUGCUUCGUGGGCGACCGUUGUUGAUGUGUGCAGAGGGUCCCUGGUUCGCGCCCGUGUCGGGGCGAGGGGACGACGUAAAGUUAUACUGUUACCUUGAUGCUGUUGACCCGGAUCACUGGUUACUGCGGAAAAGGAGGAGGUUGAAAGGGGGGUGAGUGUAACGGAUGUGAAAUGGCUAGCUAGUUAGCGGGUACGCGCUAGUAGCGUUUCAAUCAGUUACGUCACUUGCUCUGAAACCUAGAAGUAGUGUUGCUCCUUGCUCUGCAAGGGCCGCGGCCUUUGUGGAGCGAUGGGUAACGAUGCUUCGUGGGCGACCGUUGUUGAUGUGUGCAGAGGGUCCCUGGUUCGCGCCCGGGUCGGGGCGAGGGGACGCCAUAAAGCUAUACUGUUACAGAAGCAAAAGGCACUCUUCAUGGAAUGACCCAGCUGUCUCGCACACAUCACUAAGUUAUGCUUAUCUACGGUUUUCAUUUACACUCAACUCAGCAAAUACAGCAACAAGGUGUGGACAACAAAGCCAGGUGAUGGUGCCUCCCACCAACGCAGUGAAGGGACAGGAGGUGACACUGACCUGUAGCAACACCUGUACUCUGAGUGACAACCCCAACCCCACCUACAUCUGGUACAGGAAUGGACAACGUCUAGAUGAGCACAUUUCCCAACAAUACUCAAUCCACAAUUACUAUUCAGGCAGUUACUCCUGUGCUGUAAAAGGCUAUGAGGAUCUCCUCUCUCCUGCAGUGUGUGUUCUGGGUCAGAACUGUUUCAACGUGACUUACACCCAUCAGAGUAUCUGUGCUGUUAAGGGAUCAACAGUGGAACUGCCCUGCACAUAUCAACAUCCAAGUAAUCAUGUAGUCUCAGAACCAAACUGGUAUAUCCAAGAGAAAUGUAAUGAGGCACCUAAAAUCCUGAGCUCGGUGCCAGAGUAUGCAGGUCGUGCUGAGUACCUUGGAACUAAAAAGAAAGACUGCAACCUGAGAAUCACAGACCUGAGAGAGAGAGAUUCAGCUGAGUACAAGUUCAGAUUUAAAACACAGAAUGCGGAAUGGGGGUACAGCUUCCCUGGAACAACUCUGACUGUCACAGACCUGCAGGUGAAGGUGUCUUCCUCCACAGAGGAAAAGAAGAGAACACUGACCUGUAGCACCACCUGUCUUCUGACUGACAACCCCAACCCCACCUACAUCUGGUACAAGAACGGACAACAUCUCCAUGACCCUACUCCCCAACAAUACUCCUGUAAUACUCUAGUGGUCUGGUGUUACUCUACAGACAGUUACUCCUGUGCUGUAAAAGACCAUGAGGAUUUUCUCGCUCCUACAGUGUGUGUUCAUGGUCAGAGCUGUUUGAAUGUGACUUACACCAAGAGGAGUAUAUGUGCCUUGAAGGGGUCAGCAGUGGACAUUACCUGCACGUAUAGACAUCCCAGCUGGCACAACGUCACAGAAGUAUCCUGGUUCAACAAAUGGGAGUCUGGAGUUACUACAGAUCUAAGCCAGGACCCAGAGUAUGCAGGUCGUGUGAAGUACCUUCCAACUAUAGACAAGGACUCCACCCUGAGAAUCACAGACCUGAGAGAGAGUGACUCUGCUGAAUACAAGUUCAGAUUUACAACAACUGCAGUAAAAUGGGGAUACAGCUUCCCUGGAAUAACUCUGAAUGUCACAGACUUGCAGGUGAAGGAGACUCCUGGCACAGAGGAAGGGAAGGUGACACUGACCUGUAGCACCACCUGUACUCUGACUGAAAACACCACCUACAUCUGGUACAAGAACGGACAACUUCUCACCAACCCAAACACCCAAGAUAACUACCUCUACCUAGACCCAGUCAGCAGUGAGGACGCAGUCAGCUACUCCUGUAGAGUUAAAGACCUCCGUUCUCCUGUUACGUUCGUUGGGGAACCAACGUCUUUGAAGAAUGCAGUUGUAGGAAUCAUAGUGGUUAUUCUGAUUCUCAUAAUCUGUCUCUUUGGGUUCAUGUGGUUCAGGAAGAAGUUCUCCAAAUCCACCUCUGACACAAGAGACAGAAGAGAUACAGCAGAGAAUGGACCGAGAGACACUAAUCCAGUGUAUGACAACAUCUCAGGCAUGGCCAUGGCCAUGGCCCCUAUUGUAGCACAGAGAGCGAUCAUAGACGAGCAGGAUGACGUUACCUACGCCAUCAUCCAACACAGAAACCAGGAAGUGCCUCUGGACUCCACCGUCCCACUGUCUCACACCCAGAAACAGGACCAGGAUUGCCAGUACGCUACUGUGAAAUUCAACAGCCACAGUGCUGCUCAAUAGACAUUGGGCGGGAUUCAAUCCAAUCAUGGGUUAUAGGCAUUGUGGCUUUUAAUGAAAUUCAUGUUUUGAAAAAAUGCUUUAUAAUUCCUCAAUUAGAAUGACUUUGAUUUUGGCUUGAACUAUCCUUUUAAAUAAAAGUAUAGGCCAAACUGUUCAGUCCAUAUUCUACUGUUCUAUUAUGGUCAGAGGGGAUAAAAUGUAACGUCUGGAGAGUGAUGGGUGUGGAGUCAGACGCAGAGAGCAGAAGGUUGACGGGAAAAACGCUUUAAUGUCCUUUCGAAAUGUAACCAGUUACAAACAUGGGUGAAGCCCAAAACACAGGCGCAACAAACCCAAAACCAUAGUUACUCAAAUACCGGACAGCGAAAACCCAAAA